GGUUUGCUUCCAAACACACCUCAUUCCUUUAGAGAGCUCCGUUCGGCAAACAACUCCUGGGAGUUUCAAAAUUUCAAAAAUUAUAAAAUUCUUUUAUCAAAAUUCAAAAAAUUUUACCUUAACUUUUAACUAAAAAAAUAUGUCUUGCAGGAAAUCUUUUGGACCCGGACCUGGGGCUUACAAUAUUCCCUCAACCUUUGGCUACAAAAACUGCGACGCCAGAAUGGAGAGAAGUCCCGGGUUUUCCUUCGGAAAACGUACGAGGUCUUGCAACAACCCAAAUCGGAUGAGAACCGCUGGACCUGGACCUGCAGACUACUUUCCCUCCAAGGUCUCCCGAUAUGGAAGGGUAACGGAUCGGGAGUUCUCAGUUUUCAGUCCGCAUAGUAGUCAAUGGGUGUCCCGUCGCUAGAAAUGAUUUGUUUUCUGAAUAGACAUAUGUGAGGUAACA